AUGAAGGAGAACGAGAGCCUGAAUGAGUACUUCAACAGAAUCUCGGAGUUGGUGAAUCAGAUGAAGUCACAUGGUGAUAUGAUAGAUGAUCGCAGAAUUGUUGACAAAAUUCUGAUUAGUUUGACAGCAAGAUUUGACCCAAUGGUGGGUGUGAUAGAAGAAACCAAGGAUCUAUCAACCUUGACUGUUCAAGGGUUGAUGGGGUCUUUGAGAUCCUACGAGCAAAGGAUGUUACGACAUUCUGAAAAAUCAAUUGAGAGUGCCUUUCAAUCUAAACUCAACAUUCAGUCCAACAAUGGUGAAAAUAAGCCCCAAAUACAAACUAGAGGUGAGUCUUCUAGAGGUGGUACAUUUGGAAGAGGCAGAGGCAGAGGUCGAAACCAACGUGGCAGAUCUGGAAGAGGCACAAAUGGCGGAAGAUGGAAUGAAGCAUCUAACAAAUGGUGCAGAAUUUGUAACAGCGACACUCAUGACGAGAAGGAGUGUUGGAACAAAGGCAAACCGCAAUGUCACAAUUGCAAGAGAUUCGGGCACCUUCAAAAGGAUUGUCGUCUUGCAAAUCAGCAACAUGCUUCGUACGCAGAAGGAGAAUCUGAUGAAGGAAAUUUGUUUUUUGCUUGUCAAAAAGCAUUGCAUGAAGAAGGUAAAAAUGUUUGGUAUUUGGACAGCGGUUGUAGCAACCAUAUGACCGGACAGAAGAAAGUCUGUUGCUCCACUGUGACAAUAAAUCAGCAAUAG